AUGACGUCUCGGCCUAUCUUUGUUGCCACGCAUCCUCGGGCUUGUUCGACAGCGUUCGAAAGAGUCUUCAUGACCAGGCGUGACAUUCUCGAAUGUGCACAUGAGCCUUUUGGAGACGCAUUCUAUUACGGUCCAGAGAGGCUGUCAGAGAGAUACGAGAAGGAUGAGGCUGCCAGGUUGAAGAGCGGGUUCGCCAACGUAACCUACGGAGAUGUGUUGGAUAAAAUGAAGGCUUCGGUCCCUGAGGGCAAACGACUGUUCAUUAAGGACAUCACUCACUACCUCUGCCCUCCUGACGGCAAGCCGGCAAGGAUUGCCCCUUCGCUGGCUGCCGCUGCUGAGCCUCUGCAGAACGGCAAGGCCGCCAACGGCGUCAAUGGCGCGGCCACCAAUGGCAACCACGUAAAUGGAACAGCCACUAAUGGCAACCAUCUGAAUGGAACGACCACCAAUGGCAACCAUGUCAACGGUACACCUACCAAUGGCAACCAUGUUAACGGCGCUGCCACCAAUGGCCAUGCCGAUGCCAUCAGCGAGCCCGGAAACCCCAGCGUGAUGCCACUAGCCAUACUGCGCGAGUUCCACUUCACCUUCCUGAUAAGGCACCCGCGCAGGUCCAUCCCAUCCUACUACCGCUGCACCAUUCCGCCGCUGGACGAGAAGACGGGUUUCAAGAACUUCAUGCCCAGCGAGGCCGGCUACAUUGAGGUCCGCAACAUGUUUGAUUAUCUUCUCAGCCAGGGCGUCAUCGGACCGCACAAGGCCGGGGAGCCGGCCCCGGCCAACAGCAGCGGUGUCAGCAUAACCGUCCUGGAUGCUGACGACCUGCUCGACAAGCCGGCAGCGGUCAUCGAAGCCUUCUGCAAGGAGGUCGGCAUCGAUUACAGUCCUGAAAUGCUGAAGUGGGAGGACGCGGAGAAUCAGCAGUAUGCUCUCGAUGCAUUUGCCAAAUGGAAUGGCUUCCACGACGAUGUUAUCGGAAGCACGUACCUGAAGCCUCGUACACACGGCUGCAAGACGGUGACCAGGGAAUCCGAAGACGAAGAAUGGCGUCAGAAGUAUGGAGAAGAAGGCCAAAGGAUCAUCAGGGACUGUGUCGACGCAAAUAUCCCACACUAUGAGUACUUGAAAUCUUUCGCUAUCAAGUUUUAA